AUGUCUUCCUUAUUCGGUCUUGGGCGUCCUCAGCCUUCCUCAGCAGAGAAGAUUGCCGCCGUUGAGAACGAGCUCAAGGUGAUGGCCCUGAUGCACACUCGGAUGCUCAAGAUCUGCUCCGCCAAGUGUCUCGACAAGACGUACCGCGAGGGCGAGUUGGCCAAGGGCGAAUCGGUGUGCCUGGACCGGUGUGCUGCCAAGUUCUUUGAGGCACAUACUACUGUCUCGGAGCAGCUGCAGAAACAAGGGGAAGCGGCUCAGCGUGCGGCUGGUGGCGGUGGUGGUGGGUUUGGGUUUUAA